GUCAUAACAGGCAAGUGGCUAACGCUAACGCUUGCUAACUGGUUAGCAAUAUAGAGUCUACGUGCUGGUUGUCCCGUGUAUGCGUGUUCCGGUCUGCAGCGAUGGAGCAGUGUGCCUGUGUGGAGCGGGAGCUGGAGAAAGUUCUCCAUCGUUUUGUCAUGUAUGGUCACCAGUCGGAGGAGAGGCUAGACGAGCUGCUGCGCAGUGUCUGUGAGAUACGGGGACAGCUUGUUGCCUUUGGCGUACAAGAUGCAGACUUAUCCGUCUUGUCUCAAACUAUGGCACAGUGUUGUAAAAAUAUCAAAGAAACAGUACAGAUGCUGGCCUCCCGACAUAAGGACAUUCACGGCAGUGUGUCUAAAGUGGGCAAAGCCAUCGAUAGGAAUUUUGAUGCAGAGGUCAGCGCAGUGGUGGCAGAGACAGUGUGGGACUCCACAGAGAGACAAAAGUAUCUGAGUGAGACUAUUGUGGAGCACCUGUAUAGACAAGGGAUGCUCAACGUAGCAGAGGAUCUGUGUCAGGAGUCCGGAGUAGUCAUAGAUAUGAGUAUGAAGCAGCCUUUCCUGGAGCUGAACCGGAUCCUGGAGGCUCUGAGGAUGCAGGAUCUCAGACCAGCUCUAGAAUGGGCGGUGACGAAUCGGCAGCGCCUUUUGGACUUGAACAGCAGUCUGGAAUUCAAGCUACACCGCUUGUACUUCAUCAGUCUGCUCAAUGGGGGCAUCAACAAUCAGCUGGAAGCUCUUCAGUACGCAAGACAUUUCCAGCCUUUUGCCUCUCAGCACCAGAGAGAUAUCCAGAUUUUAAUGGGCAGUCUGGUUUACUUGCGUCAUGGUAUCGAGAACUCUCCUUACCGCACUCUACUGGAGACAAACCAGUGGGCCGAGAUCUGUAACAUCUUCACCAGGGAUGCCUGCGCCUUGCUGGGACUCUCUGUAGAGUCCCCUCUCAGUGUUAGCUUUGCAUCUGGCUGUAUGGCCUUGCCUGUGCUGAUGAACAUCAAGCAGGUGAUAGAACAGAGACAGUGCAGUGGUGUCUGGACACACAAGGAUGAGCUGCCCAUUGAAAUUGACCUGGGGAAGAAAUGCUGGUACCACUCUGUGUUCGCCUGUCCCAUACUCCGGCAGCAGACCUCGGAGAGCAAUCCUCCCAUGAAGCUCAUUUGUGGCCACGUCAUCUCCAGAGAUGCCCUCAACAAACUCACCAAUGCUGGGAAGUUGAAGUGCCCAUACUGUCCCAUGGAGCAGAAUCCAUCAGAUGCCAAACAGAUUUACUUUUGAUCUUAUUGACUCUCCUUUGUGUAAGGCUGAAGUUCCCUGGUGCUCUUUGCAUCCAGGACCAUU